AUGCUCUCCAGCACCCACGCCGCCCCGGACCCCGAGGCCCAGCGGCCGCCCGCGCCCUCAGGCCGCUCCUGCCGCCCGCUGCCCUGGGCCCUGAACGUCGCGCUGCUGCUUCUCUCCACCGCCGCCUGCACCGCCUGCCUGGUGCGCGCCUGGGCCGCGCCCGGGGCCCCGGCCUCUCCGGUCCCUGGCUCCGUGCCCAGCCCGAGACUCCCUGAGGACCUGGAGCUGACGCCUGGCGCCCGCGCCCGCCUCCCCAACUCUCCGCAGGGCGUGUUCGCGCAGCUGGUGGUGCCCGACGGUGUGCAGCUGACUGAAGGGCCCGUGCAGUGGUACAGCGAGCCGGGGAUGGCAGGUGUGACCCUGGCGCCUGGCGUGAGCUACGACAAGCACACACACGAGCUGGUGGUGGCGGAGGCCGGCGUCUACUAUGUUUUCUUGCACUUGGCACUGAAGCGCGUGAUGCCCAGAAACAGCAACAGCUCGGGCUUGGUCUCCGCGAACCUGCACCUGCACCCUUCCCAAGCUGGGGCCGCCACCUUGGCCCUGACCUUGGACCUGUCAUCCUCACACUCGGGGAACUCAGUGGCUGGUUUCCGGAACGGUCUGCUGCACCUGGAUGCCCGACAGCGCCUGAGCCUCCACCUGCACUCCGAGGUUCGGGAUCCUCGCGCCUGGAAGCUCUCCGCAGAGGCCACGGUCUUGGGUCUCUUCCGCGUGGCCACCCCAGUUCCCACUGGACAGCCCUUGCCACAGCUCACGUGACCCCAGGCCUAGGUGCCACCCCCUGGACCGAGACUGAAUCUUCCCUUCCUUUAUCCGGGCCCCUGGUAAUGGGGCCCCGCUACUCUACCUCACUGGGCUGGGCAGGGGUCCCUGCUGCUGACCGCGUCUUCCAGGAUUCUCCGGGUCCCUCUGUCACUUGGUAUUUAUUCUGAGCCUGGGCUCAGACAGUGUGCAUUAUAUUAAUCC